GCCACCAGUUUCCCGCUUCUAGCUUCACUACUAUAAAACCCUCCAUCCCUUCCAUUGCAUCUCCCAUCAAUUUCUCUCCAUCUAAAAUCUCACUCUAGGGUUUCCAGAUUUCCUCUCCAUCACCAUGAAAUCCAGAGUUGGUAGCAGCGCUCUCGGAUCACCAUCCUCAUCACCAUCGGUGGCGCCGGCGUAUUACAAGUAUCUCAAGCCUGGAGAGCUUGCUCAGCUCCGAUACUCGAAGAUCAACGCUAGAUCCAAACAAAUCAGCGCUCAGGCUCUCCUCGCUCUGUACCAACUCGGAUCUGAUUCCGAUUCGUCGCUUCCGCAGCCGAAUUCUACUGGUGUGGCAAUGGAAGCAGUUCCGUGUUUCAAUUUGAGGGCCAAGGGUUUCCCAAGGUGCCUGAUGCGCAAAAAGCUUUUGGCUGUGGCGCCGGUUUUUACCGAGACCUAGCCGUAAAUCGUCUCUCCCUGCUGUAAUUUUAUUGUUUAUUGCAUAUACAAUAAGCCUAAAAUUCUGUUUUUGCUAGGGCUGUUUAGAUGUUUUUCAUUUUCUAUUUGUAAUUGACCACACAGAAGUGUAGAAGAAUAUGCGAUGAAUAAAACGAUAAAAUUUUUGUUUUGAUCA